AUGGCCCCGCGCGGGCGCUGCCGGUGGGCGCUGCUGCUGGCCUGGCUGCCGGCCGGUUGCCUCUCGCUCCUGGUGACAGUGCAGGAUGUUGAGCGUUACACCACCUUAUUUGCCACUGUCAUCCUCAAGUGUGACUACACCACCUCGGCACAACUGCAAGAUGUGGUGGUGACCUGGCGCUUCAAAUCCUUCUGCAAGGACCCCAUCUUUGACUACUACUCAGCCUCAUACCAGGCUGGUUUAGCCCUUGGCCAGGACCCCUCAAACGACUGCAAUGACAGCCAGCGGAAGGUGCGCAUUGUCAUCCAGAAAUAUGGGCAGAAGGACCCUGUGCUGGGCAUCGACUACCAGCAGCGAAAGAUCACCAUUCAGAACCGAGCAGACCUUGUCAUCAGUGAGGUCAUGUGGUGGGACCAUGGCAUGUACUACUGCAGUGUGGAAGCACAAGGAGAUACCUCAGGUGAUGCGGACAAAGAAGUUAAGCUGAUUGUUCUCCACUGGCUCACAGUACUCCUCAUCAUUCUCGGUGGUCUCCUCCUCCUUCUGCUGAUCGGUAUAUGCUGGUGCCAAUGCUGCCCCCAGUAUUGCUGCUGCCACAUCCAGUGUGGCUGCUGUCCAACACGGUGCUGCUGUAAUCAGAAAGUGCUGGAACGGCACCAGUUCAUGAAGCGGGCUCAGGCACUUGCACCUUGGUUAUCACACAACAUGUUCUAUGGAGCUGGUGACAGGAACUCAAAACUUUCCUCUUACCAGCUGAACCCCCUGCUGCAACAAGAUGUAUCUCUGCAGAACAGUCUUCCACUGGUGCAGCCACAAGCCCAGCUUUCCCUUAACAAUGGUGUUUUGGACUAUCUGGAGUCUGAAAUCCAAAAUCUGAACAUGUCCCAGCUGCGGCCGCCCUCCCACCAGCGGCAGGCUGUGCAGCCCAGCUUGCUGUCCUCGCUGGGCUCCGACAUCGUGCCACCUCCUCUUGCCGACCACAUCUCCUCCAUCCAUGGGAGCAGCAACUCCUCACGGCCACAAAGAGCUGCCCGCACCCCCAGGCCUUGGGACUCUGCUGCAGAGGACAGAAGGGAAAACCGGAGGUGGCCCUUGCCUUCCAGUGGGGAUUCUCAUUCCAGCUACAGUCAGGAGCCCUGGGACAGGCAGCGAGAGGAUCAUCCUCAGAGGCAGAGAACAGGUGGCUACAAUGGCAGGCCCCAGCACUCCAGACGGGAUGUGUCACCCCCAUGCCAAGCUGAGAGGGGCAAGGGCAGCAGCAGUUUCUAUCCAGAGGAGACCAAGGAGCGCUCCAGCCACCAUCGUGGUGGGAGGCAGGAGCCCGGGGCAAGGCGGGAGUACGAGCACCAUGCUGGGAGGAGCAAUUACUCUGGCCAGAGGCGGCACAGCUACUCCCCCCCCUCUUCUCGCAGGGGCUCGUGGAGCUCCUCAGAAGAGCAAGUCCGUGUGCCAGUGUCAAACCGCCGGCGGAGGAACCGCAGGUCGCGGGAGUGGCCAGAAGAGAAACCCCCCAGUUACCGCUCGUUAGAAAUCAUCCCAGCUCAGGACAAGAAGCACAAAGGCAGCGCAGGGACCCGCUCGGACAGAGGAAGUUCCCACAGUGGAAGAAGCAUAGUCAUUUAA